AACGAGCCUCCACCGCGGCUCAUGCGCAGUACUUGACGUUUCAAAGUUGCUUCUCCGGGUGUUUGAACAGGAAGGCGGACAUGUUGGUCAGGCGGUGGGAGAAAAUCGGGCAUCGUUUAGUUUUUCGAAAAAUAACAUAGCUAACGUUAGAUCAAAACCAGAUUUAUCUAUGUAGAACCAGAAAGUUUUCCUUCUGUAUCGGUCAAUAUCGAUGGCCGAUGACAAUGUGAGGCUUACUGCGAACGGACGGCAAUGAAAUGUUGUAACAAGACGGUGUUUUAAACUGAUCGAAAUUUGGAAGGAUCAUUGUUUUUCCGCCACUUCUACUUUGCAGCUGUCAGACUCGUUUAUAGUUUUUUUGCAAGGGCCUUACACUGAUAUAUGGACACAAGCCUGGGAGUAAUGUGGCUACUUUGCAACCUAUCGGAUUUUUAAAACUGUAUUUAAGUUUUACUCUUUGGAUGUAUCGAUCUAUUUUUAAAUCCUGCACAACUCCUCUGCGGCAUCCUGUGGACGCCAACUAAUCUGUUCAUGCAUUUAGCCAAGUUAAUUUAGCUAGCGUUAGCAAGUUGCAAUUUCUGAAGUUGUCUGCAAAACCUGGCUGAACUAGGGAAAUAUAUUUUUUGAAAAUGUGGCUUUUGAAUAUCAAACGCCACUUUAAACGUUUCAUGGUCAGUGAAAAAGAGAGAAGAGACACGUUUCUUUGAUUGAAUCUGCGGGUUCUUGCUAAACACUUGAGUUCACGCAAAGGAAAUAACAUUAGGCUAACAGCUACGUUAGCAAUUGAGCUAGAUUGCUAACUCGUUUUAUUUAGCUAUAGCACCGGCGUGGAACUCUACUUGUCUGCAAACAUGUCGUCUGGAGAAAGUUUGGAAGCUCGUUUUGAGAAAAUCGAUGCCAUGUUGAAGGACCCGAAGUCGGAAAUAAACACUGAUUGCCUUUUGGAUGGCUUGGAUGCGUUGGUGUACGACCUUGACUUUCCAGCCUUGAGGAAAAACAAAAGCAUCGACAACUUUUUGAAUAGAUAUAAGGACACCAUCAGUAAGAUCCGGGACCUGCGGAUGAAAGCAGAGGACUAUGAGGUGGUCAAGGUUAUCGGGAGGGGUGCUUUUGGAGAAGUGCAGUUGGUAAGACACAAAGCCACGAGGAAGGUGUACGCCAUGAAGCUGCUUAGCAAGUUUGAAAUGAUCAAAAGGUCGGACUCUGCUUUCUUCUGGGAGGAGAGGGACAUCAUGGCCUUUGCCAACAGCGCCUGGGUUGUGCAGCUGUUUUAUGCGUUCCAGGAUGACCGUAACCUCUACAUGGUGAUGGAGUAUAUGCCCGGCGGAGACCUGGUCAACUUGAUGAGCAACUAUGAUGUCCCCGAGAAGUGGGCCCGCUUCUACACCGCUGAGGUGGUGCUGGCUCUAGACGGGAUCCACGCCAUGGGCUUCAUACACAGGGACGUGAAGCCUGAUAACAUGUUGCUAGAUAAAGCGGGCCACUUGAAGUUGGCAGACUUUGGGACCUGUAUGAAAAUGAACAAGGAUGGUAUGGUACGAUGCGACACAGCAGUGGGAACACCAGACUACAUUUCGCCAGAGGUACUAAAAUCCCAGGGAGGAGAUGGAUAUUACGGCCGGGAGUGUGACUGGUGGUCCGUGGGAGUCUUCCUGUAUGAAAUGCUUGUUGGUGACACACCGUUCUAUGCUGACUCGUUGGUGGGGACGUACAGUAAAAUCAUGAACCACAAGAACGCCCUGACCUUCCCUGAUGACAGCGACAUCUCCAAGGAUGCCAAAAACCUUAUCUGUGCCUUCCUGACUGACAGGGAGGUAAGACUGGGUCGCAACGGGGUGGAUGAGAUCAAGAGACAUCCUUUCUUCAAGAACGACCAGUGGACAUGGGAGAACAUCCGYGAUACGGCGGCCCCGGUGGUGCCUGAGCUGAGCAGCGACAUCGACACCAGRAACUUUGACGAGAUCGAGGCGGACCGGGGAGACGAGGAGACCUUCCCCAUACCAAAGGCCUUCGUGGGCAACCAGCUGCCCUUUGUGGGCUUCACCUACUAUAGCAGUCAUCAGUUUUCCCGGAGCUCCYGCACCAAGAGUGUUGACAAACGCAGCAGCUCCACUAAGGAAGACAAGAGCCAUCUGGAGAACCUGCAGAAGAGGAUCUACCAGCUAGAAGAACAACUCCACAGUGAGAUGCAGCUGAAGGACGAAAUGGAGCAGAAGUGCAGGACCUCGAACACAAAGCUUGACAAGAUCAUGAAAGAGCUGGACGAGGAGGGCAACGUGAGGAAGGGUGUAGAGGCCAGCAUGUCCCUGCUGGAGAAAGACAAGAUGAUGACCCAGCACCGAGCCACCGAGUACCAAAGAAAGGCCGACCAGGAGGCCGAGAAGAGACGCAACUUGGAGAACGAGGUGUCCACUCUGAAGGAGCAGCUUGAGGACAUGAGGAAAAUCUGCCAAAACUCUCAGGCCUCGAAUGACAAGAUCCUACAGUUGCAAAAUCAGCUGGAGGAGGCCAAUGACCUGCUGCGGGCAGAGUCGGACACGGCAGCGCGGCUGAGGAAGAGCCACACAGAGAUGGCCAAGUCCAUGAGCCAGCUGGAGGGGCUGAACCGCGAGCUGCAGGAGAAGAGCCGUUCGUCUGACGGGGGGAGGGCCCAGCUAGAGAAGGAGCUGRUGCAGCUGCAGAGCACCCUGGACUCUGAAAGGAGGUGCUACAGCCAGGGAUCAGAGGAGAUCCACGAGCUGCAAGUGCGGAUGACUGGUUUUCAGGAGGACAAUAAGAACUUGGAACUCAGCCUGUCCAAAGUGGAGGCGGAACGCAAGCAGGCCCAGGAGKGGAGAAACAACCUGGAGAAGGAGAAGAACAACCUGGAGAUUGACCUGAACUACAAGCUGAAGACUCUGCAGCAYCGUUUGGACCAGGAACACACAGAACACAGAGUGACACGGGCCCAGCUCACUGACAAAUACGAGUCCAUUGAAGAGGCCAAGUCAGCUGCCAUGCAUGCGGUGCAGCAGAAGGUGUCGGAGGAGAGCGGGGCGAGGAUGCGAGCGGAGAGCAGGGUGGUGGAGGUGGAGAAGCAGUGCUCCAUGCUGGAGUUUGACCUCAAGCAGUCCGUGCAGAAGAUGGAGCAGCUGAUGAAGCAGAAGGAGAGGCUGGAGGACGAGGUGAAAGGUCUACGGAUGCAGCUGGAGCAGGAGUCCAGUAAAAGGCUGCUGGCCCAGAACGAGCUGAAGUGCCGCUCGCAGGAGGCCGACCGGCUUAAGAGCUCGGAGAAGCAGCUGAAGCAGGAGAUCAACACGGCACUAGAGAGCAAACGGUCGCUCGAGUUCCAGCUCGCACAGCUCACUAAGCAGUACAGGGGCAACGAGGGACAGAUGAGGGAACUUCAGGACCAGCUUGAGGCCGAACAGUAUUUUUCAACGCUUUAUAAAACUCAGGUGAAGGAACUGAAAGAGGAUAUUGAGGAGAGGAACCGGCAGGUCCAGGAAGCUCACAAGAAGGUGCAGGAGCUGCACAGCGAAAGGGACUCCCUGUUGGCCCAGCUGGAUCUGACAGUGACCAAGGCGGAGUCGGAGCAGCUGGCCAGGGCGCUCCAGGAGGAGCAAUACUUUGAGCUGAGCCAGGAGAACAAGAAGGCCACGGCCAGACACAAGCAGGAGGGCACCGAGAAGGAUGCCACCAUCGCACGGCUUGAGGAUUCCAACAAAACCCUGACCAAAGAUGUGGAGAACCUCAGCAAGGAGAAGGCCGAGCUGAACAAUAAGCUUSGCAUUCAGGAGGAAGAGUAUGCCUCCCAGAAAGAGGAGAUUACAAACACAAUCAAGGCCAACUACGAGAAGGUUCUCAGCACAGAGCGCACGCUCAAGACUCAGGCGGUGAACAAGCUGGCAGAGAUCAUGAACAGGAAGGAUAUGAAGCUGGACACCAAGAAGAAGGGCAACACGACCGACCUGAGGAAGAAGGAGAAGGAGAACCGCAAGCUGCAGCUUGAYCUCAAACAGGAGAAGGACAAGUUCAACCACAUGGCCAUUAAGAACCAGAAGGAGCUCAGUGAGAUGCAGGCGCAACUGUCCGAGGAGUGCACGUACCGCAAUGAGCUMCAGAUGCAGCUGGACAGCAAGGAGAGUGACAUCGAGCAGCUGAGGGAGAAGCUCAACGACCUGCAGCUGCGCAUGGACAACUCCAGCGUCACCAGCCUGCAGAUGGACGAGACGGACAGCAACAUCGCCGAAUCCAGACUGGAAGGGUGGCUGUCCAUUCCUAAUAAACCUAAUAUCAAACGAUAUGGCUGGAAGAAGCAGUAUGUGGUGGUGAGCAGCAAGAAGAUUCUGUUCUACAACGAUGAACAGGACAAAGAACAGUCCAACCCCUCCAUGGUACUAGAUAUCGACAAACUGUUCCACGUGCGUCCAGUCACCCAGGGUGAUGUGUACCGAGCAGAGACCGAGGAGAUCCCCAGGAUAUUCCAGAUCCUGUAUGCCAAUGAGGGGGAGUGCAGGAAGGAGGCGGACAUGGAGACGGUCUCGCAGGGCGACAAGACCAACUGUCUGCCCCACAAAGGUCAUGAGUUCAUCCCCACGCUUUACCACUUCCCCACAAACUGUGAGGCCUGUGCCAAGCCCCUGUGGAAUGUCUUCAAGCCCCCACCUGCCCUGGAGUGCCGCCGCUGCCACGUCAAGUGCCACCAGGACCACCUCGACAAGAAGGAGGACGUCAUUGCACCCUGCAAAGUGAACUACGACGUGACCUCUGCCCGGCACAUGCUCRUGCUAGCCCUGACCCAAGACGAGCAGAAGAAAUGGAUCGGCCACCUGGGCAAGAAGAUCCCCAAAACACCGCCCUCCUCCUUCCUGAGGGCGUCGCCCCGCACCAUGUCCACGCGCCCCGCACCCAACCAGUCCUUCCGCAAGAACCCCAAAAGCAUCACAGGGAAGCCAAGCAGGUUGCAGUCUCAUUCUGCUACCACAGCCUCCAGCCUCCAAGCAGCAGACACAACAUCCAGCACUUGUUGACAUUGACAACAACUCCUCCUCACCAAAUUUACAGAAGAAUUCUUAACUCUUUACACUAUCUCCUUACUGUUUUGGCUUGAUUAUUUAUUAUUAACUGACUGUGUUGAUGGUGUAUCUAACAUCAGUGGAACUGUCCUUUGUGGUUCUUUCUCGUUUGACUUGGAACUCUUUCUAUCUAAUUUGACACUAAAGUGUUUUUUUUGUUUCAUUGACUAACUCUUAGGCCUCUAUGCAACCUUUCCUGAAGCCUUUCCCUCUACCAAGUAUGACGCCAGAGACCAUGAAAUGCAUAAUGGAGAUGCAGUUACUAUGUGUUUUUAAACCUGUUUUUCUAUAUAAUGUAUUAACAUCUAUCGGGGGUACUAACCAAGUGUCAAAUGUCUUACACUCUUUCACUGGACACAUGUUUUCUCUUUCUUCCAGCUAACCAUCUGAACCAUUGGAUUCUGUUGGGACUUUGUGUUUUUUCUUUUUCCCACCUCACAAAAACAGGAGGGUCCCUAUUUGAUAUCAAAGUCAAUUAAAGCAAUCUGACCAGCGCUGGAAAUUUGGGAUAGUUAUCUGACAUAAGGCAUCAGGGACAUUGAAAAGGCCUGCUAUUCCUCCCUCACCCCCUCUUCUCCUACCCUCACCCUCACCCUGGAACCUCAACUAAGACUCCCUCAUCCAGCCACCACAUACUUGCAACUCUUUGUUUCUUCCAGAAGAUGGCGUGGCUCGUCGUUCCAAAACGUGGGACUUGGGACCUGAAUGGGAGAUGGAAAGAAAGAGCGAGGGGCUCGUGACAUGCUGUGGGUAGUACAUCUUCCAUGUCAGGAAUAGGAAGGGUUUAUGGUUGAAUAAAUGACUGGAGGUUUUGCUGGGACUCUUGCAUGUAAACAUGGUCAACAUUGAGGUACUGCAGUACAGGGAUUGGCUUAACUCUGUGGAGAAUGGGUACAUCUCGGGGAAACGUAAAUGUGUUCCCCCCCCCCCCCCCCGUCUGAGAAAAGAGAAACUCUGUUUCCAUCUAAAUUGACUUCAAUGCCUUUGACUGAUGGACUCUGGUGGCCUUUGCUUCGAUCCCUUAUUACUUGGCACUCCAGCUAUAUCAGGGUUCAGUUGAGACAGAGUAUGUAUUGGGAACUGAGUAUUAGAUGUUUUUCAGUAUUGAGUGAGGAGCGUGCAAGAUCAUUUAAAUCUAUGCAUUAUUUUUAUUAAUUGUUGUAAUUGCUCCAAGCCAUAAGCAAAUUCCAUUGUAAUGGCGGAUAGGAGACCUAAAAAGUAUUUUCUUUUUCUUUGUGUAUUCAUUGGGUACAUUUCUGUAAUAUUGUAUUUUUUUGUAUGUAUUGCCUUACAUUGACUCAUAGAUAAAUGGUUCAAAAGGAAAACAUUAAGUUAACAAAUGUAAAACUGCACUGUUUGAAUUGUAAAUUAUUUGUAGAAGACUUAACCAGGUGUAGCAUUUGGCCCACCUAGUGCCUUAAUGUUUGGAUAAUGAUUUUACUGCCAUAUCUGUUUUGUGUUUAUCUCCAAAAACAAGACAAAUCCAAACUCUUCCAUUUUUUUUAUUUUMAUCUGCUACAUUGUGGUUUUAUCAUAACGUUUCCUGUCUGGUUGGAGUUUAUUUUGAAUGCCUCUUUAUAGACUCAUUGCUAUAGUGUAAUGUGUCAACACAAAGUUCCCAGAGUCCAGUAUCUAGCUCACAACAGUUUCUGGAUGGUGUACCUUGACGAAGGCUUGUUAAAAAUGUAGUUAUAAUUAUAUUCAUAUGGUAACGUCCCAUUCACGCAAAUCCAGCUGUGUACAUAAUUUGAAGAUAAAAAAAAAAACAAUGAUCAUGAAUACCGCUAAUUCAAAAUGUUUUUUUUGUUCAGUAAAAAGAGGUUGAGGGGGAAGCACUGGAACUAUGACCUACUUACUCUAUUUUGUCUUGGAUGAAUCGCAUGUUUAAUUGCAUUGGAGGCCGCACUGAUGGAUAUGUGUCAAUAAACAUAUCUUUAUCUAUAAUCUA